GUCUCAUGUUAGAUAAGUCUCAAACUAAGAAGAUUCUAGCUAAGAAAACAUCGACAAAAAAGAUUAGCCGAAAAAGAAAAGUUUUAUCAGAUUCACAUAUAGUAGGCUCGAAGAGUGAUAGCUCUGCAAUAGAAAAAAAUACCUCUUCUAUAAAUAGGUUCAAAGAACCACAGUGUGCACAAACUUU